UAGCAUCAAGUUUAAGAAUUAAUUGGCCUCUGGAAACCUUGUGGGACUCUCUGGCCCAGUUUCAUUUUUUCUCCCAGCUGUGGCCAAACGUCUUAAAAUGGGAGCACUCAGUUGUGGGUUAUGGCAGAUGAAAACGUGCUCUCAGAUACCUAAACACGCUCAGACGGCAAUGUUUCCUUUUUAAAUUUAAAUGAGUAAUCCAUGCUAAUGUGAGUAGACUGCAUUGUACUUUAGUGGUAUGCAAAAUACAUAGAUAUACGGCAAUAGACGUUAAUGACACUCUCUAUCGGAGGUCCAUUAAUACAAACAUAUCUGAAAUCAGGACACAUAAUAUAGCCAGUCACCAACCCUCUUCCGCAUCUCAAUGACUUCACGUCAACCACGUUCACGUCACGUCAAUUAAUAUUUGCGUUAUCAUUCAAAUCGUGCUUUAAGAUUCCCGUUUUUUUUUAAUUUUGUUUAACCUAUUUCUUGGGCCAAAACUGGAGUAAGAACAAAUAUGAAAGUCUGCUUGUAUGAAAUUGCUUGUAGUAUGCUCAUAUAAAAUUAUACGGCUCUCUACAACGAAUGGGAUGCCUUGUGAUGCAAAAUAGAUGUCUGCUUGAAGCGCUUCCAUUAGACUAGAACAAUACUGCAAAUAUUAAAUUAGCUUUAUCGUCAGGUACCGAUUAGACGAAGUCCACAACAUUCUAUUACUGACUCAUUCACCGCUUCGCGCGGUUUUGAACAAAAGACUCCGGUCCAAGUGUUAAAAAGGAGCAACAUGAACGCAUGCGCGACAAUGAAUGCGCUCUCUGUAAAUGGUACAAGUGGCUGUUUAUUCUGAAAACAAAGCCAGGGCUUGGUAGUCACGAACGUCGUUGUCUGUUUAUCCUCCAUUAUGAAGUUAUAAUGGAGACGAGAACAAAAUCUAACAUUUCGUAAAUUAAUCUAUAAUUCACUGGAAACUUUUUAAAGAACUUAAAUAGAAGCGAAUCUACAGGUUCUUUUUCUUCUUUCAGUUCAUGAAUCAUCAAAGGGUAUUGCAUGCUACGCCCGAGAGCAUGCCUCUCCGUGUUUUACUCACCAUGGAAACACAAAGUGUCCGUUUGCGCAUAUGGAAUAGCUGGGAUGAAAGCUGAAGUUCACGAACAAAGGAUUGCACGUAUUUCACGCAGCAGAACUGAUGCACGAAGAGCACUUAUUCUUGCGAGAAGGAACGAAUAUUUCAUCGUGGAUGUUAACGUAUAACGUGGAAGGAAUUCAUUAUUCAUUUUCUUAAGCUUUUCAUUAAUUUACGUCAAGUACGUGACAAAUCACAGCGUUUUAAUUAUGCCUUAAUACACUUACUACUUCAUUACUCAGUGGAAAAGAUUACAUUUAAGGACGACGAGGGAAUUUCUUGUUUUCGGAAAAUCUAGGCGCUGUCCGUGGUGCUGAAGAGGGAUGUGCGCGCCCUACUAGAAUCCAAUAGUUUUUAAAUAUCACAGUCAUAAUGAAUGCCAUUUCUUACCCGUGAUUACAUUUUAAUAGGGUUCAAUACCAUUGGUAUAUCUUAAAAUUAAAAUCGUUUAUUUUGUCACAUACAGGGGAAAGAGCCCGCGAGACGUUUCUCUUCCGAGAACUCCGAAAAAUAUGAUACACACAAGGAUUCUGUGGCACUCUCUCUCAUUUUUGAUUUUAGUAGUGCAGGUGAGCAGGCCAGUGUGUGUGGAGGUGGAAUCAGACACGGAGGCAGUCCAGGGUAACCCAAUGAAACUCACCUGCAUCUCCUGCAUGAAGAGAGAAGAGGUCAAUGCUGAGACCCGGGUGGACUGGUACUACAUCGACUUAAAUAAUGAUGAAAUCCCGAUGUUCUUGUAUGACGGGCAGCCCCAGGAAGUGGACGGGCCGUUUAAGGGCAGGCUCCAGUGGAACGGCAGCAAAGACCUGCAGGACGUCUCCAUCAGCUUCAUCAACGUCACCCUCAACGACACCGGCACCUACAAGUGCGAGGUGUUUCGCCAGUUCCAAUUCGACUCCUACACGCCCUCGUUCAGGGGAGAAAAGAUCAUCAACUUGGUGGUGAGAAAAGAAGCCCCUACAGACCCAACAGCCCUGUACUCUGAGAUCAUGAUGUACGUGCUGCUGGUCUUCCUUACCUUCUGGCUGGUGGUGGAGAUGAUCUACUGCUACAGGAAGAUCUCCAAGUCCGAUGAACAAACGCAGGACAGCGCGACAGACUACCUAGCCAUUCCCUCUGAAAAUAAAGAGACCCCCGGUGCUCCAGUAACGGAUUAAAAGCGAUUUUCUCUCACACAAAAAAACGGUACUGAAGGACCCUUAAGCCUCUGUCGAUUGGCGUAAUUGUGCAAUAGGCUGAACUCUUCAAAGGAACAAGGGGGGGCCGUCAGAACCCCGCCCCCUGCCCCCCACCCCCCGCUGCCCCUUUGUCUUUGUGCUGUGCUUGUGCAAAAGAUAUCAUCGUUGAUCAGUCCACGCUUCCUGCUUAUUUCACAUACCUUUGUGAAGUAUGUUGUGAUCUGAUAACAGCUAUGGUAUGUUUGUGCCACUGUCAGCCAUAGAGGACGAAACAAGAGUACUUAAAAUGUGGUGAGAUUGUGCAGUGCUGUAGAUAUAAAAACCAAGGAAAGAGACUUUUCAAAAAUGUGAAAUUGAAUCAGAACCUUGACCCAUGCGCACAGGGUACAGGCCUGGUGAACACAGAUGCCUUUCUGCUACAAGUUCUUUAUGUUAACAGAACAUUGGUUGGUUGGUGUUGGUUAACAACUAGGACCCGGGCCAAAGCUCUGAUGUAAUCAGCUCUUUUGUCAUUAAACUUUAUGGUCUUCUGCUUUGUCAUAUACUGUACAUAUAGCCAUUGUUUUAUUUGAAAGCACAGUGUUCCUCGACAUUUUACAGACACAGAAAUGUUUAUCAUCAUUGAACUUGUGCAAGCAAUAUAAUUUGAACUCCAGCUCCAGCUUGAAGACUGAAAUGACUGUUUGAAUAUGAGAUACAGACCCAAUUCUGUAUGUAUUCACAUUUCAUUAGCUGAAAUGACCUACCAUUCUUUGAUAUAUACAAUUUUUUAAAGUUCUUAUUUCAGGUUAUUUGGAUGGAAUGAUUUCACAUCACUGUCAGAUACCAUAUUAAGGUGGAAGUUUGACCAUCUGAAAUUCCUCACAGAAACCUGUGGGGUGAAACAGAGGCCUCAUCUCUCUGAGAACUUGCUUGGGUCAGAUGCUAAAAUACUUCAGCAGUGGAGUCAGUCACAUGACCAGGCGCAAAAAAAAGUGCAGCACAGUUCUAUGAUAGUCAAAAACACUUUAUUUUCACACCAUUGUUAUUACUUCAGGCCUGUUCACUGCUGAAAUAGAUUAUUUUAUUUUGUAUUUGAAUUGGCGGGCCAGUUUCAGGUUAUGCACAGAGAAUGAGGACAAGAGGGAGGGAGAGUUCGAGAGAGGGAGGGAGAGAAUGAGGAAGGAAUUCAGUGAUGGAAAGAGAGGAGAGGUGGCUUUUGUAUGCAUGCCAUCAUAAACGCAGUGUUGUCGUUGAAUACAAUCUGCUGAUCGAACAGUUUCUUUUGUAGCCACCAUUAGUGGGGGUAUUUUAUUAAAUGCAUUGUGCUGAUAUUUUCAAAAGUGCUGUGCGGAGUGUGCUCAUUUUCUUCUCAUUUUAUAUUGCAUAUUUCAUGUUGACUGGAUUGAAGAAAUAAAAAAUUAAAUCAAUUCAUAUUUCAGAA